AUGAAAACACCAAUCAGUAACGAAAGAUCGAAGAAGAAGUUAUCGUCCAGAGGCCACCAAAAGUUCGUUGGUGUUCGUCAGAGACCUUCGGGAAGAUGGGUAGCCGAGAUCAAAGACUCGCUUCAGAAGGUCAGGCUAUGGCUCGGAACAUUCGACACUGCAGAAGAUGCAGCUCGAGCCUACGACGCCGCGGCUCGCGGGUUGCGUGGUGCAAAUGCUCGCACCAACUUUGAACUGCCGGGUCAAUCUGUUGCAGCCUCCGGCGGCUGUUUUAGGUACCCGCCGGAGAACAUGGAGCCCUUUUCGUUCGAGGACGUGCCUGAGGCUGGUGCUGAAGCAGACGGACUUCUUGGCGCUCUCAGGGCCAAACUGUCUGAUGAUAAGAGAAAGGCAUCAUCUUCGAAGCCUUCCUCCAUUGUUGGCUCUGGUGCAGUUUCGACCUCAACUACUCGUAAGCAUUCUGGGAGUACAGAUACAUCAAUACCCACGAAUCCCGCAAAUGCUAAGAGAUCAGUGAUUGUUUCAGAACCUGUAGAUCCUGGAAUCACGACCAUGGUAAGCUUGGGUUGGUCCAACGAUGCAGCAUUAUACGGACUGCCAUGGCAGUCACAGACGACGUAUCAGGAUUCUGAAAGCGGCUUGCUUUCUGAUGCUGUUCGUGGAGUCACGGCUGCGUGGCCUCUUUCUGACCUGACAAACCUGACAUGUUCAGAUCAUUGUUUAUCCAACAGUGAUAAGAAUGGUCAAACGAAUUUGGUGAACUUGCAGGUGAAUCAAAUUGGUGGAAUAUCGUCGUAUGAUCAUUGCUUCUGGACACCUGAGCAACUACAGUUCGUGCACAGUGACAACAAUAACAGUUGGUUUACCUCAGGUGGCUCUUGGGAUCCUCUGACUCUGUUUCUUCUGAGCUCGGUUGACAUUUAG